AUGAAGUUGAGCGAGAACAUUUUACGGAUCUCUACAAAACACAACAAUCUCACAUCAAAUCCAAUGUGUAAAGAGCUUCAAUAUAAGCAGAAAAACAAUCGUUCUUCGUCAGUUGAAUUCGUCCAAAGAAGUUCCAUUGCCGACGACGAUUUAUACAACGCUACACCUCCACCAUUGAGAAUCAAGCGCGAGCAUGCUGUAUUAUCAGAGAUUAGAGAUGCUCCGCAGAACUGCGAGGCGCGAGAAACAAUCGAACAAUCUAUGGAAGAAAGGAGACGGAAUCUAUUGGAUCAGAAAGAUUGGGUCGGCCUAAACAUUCAUCAUUUGCCGAAAUUGAAGUUCAACCAACCAAGACACGAUGAAGAUAUUGGGCGAAGAAGAAAGGUAAAGGGUGGACACAGAGCAAGAUACUCAAAGCUUCAAACAAGAAUCAGCUCGCCGUUUGCCGCAAGGAACAAUCAUAUGCGGGAGCAACAAGAAGCGGGUUACGUGGAAGGAAGCCUGCCGAAAAAUGACGUUAGGAUUUCGAUCGGAGGCAGGAUUGUUCCGCCAGGCAUAAGUUCGAGUUCGCGACCGACUAAGUAA